ACAAAAAUGGAGGCAAUGUACAUACCGCUUGUACUCAUCGCAGUGAUCUUUUCUCUAUACUAUUACUUCACAAGGACCUUCAACUAUUGGAAGGACAGAGGCGUUAUUGGACCAGACCCGGUCCCAUUGUUCGGCAAUAUCAAGAAAGCAGCACUUCGCCGUCAAAACCAUGGAGAACCUAUGUAUGAAAUUUACAAUCAGUAUCCGAACGAGAAAGUUGUGGGAGUGUUCAGAAUGACAGAGCCAAAUCUAUUGAUCAGAGAUCUGGAUAUCAUAAAGCAUAUUAUGAUUAAGGACUUCGACGAAUUCUCCUAUCGCGGAUUCGAGAUGAGUGACGAAGGUCUCGGUAAAAAUCUGUUUAAUGCCGAUACGGAAACUUGGAAAGUGCUCAGAAAUCGUUUCACGCCACUAUUUACAUCCGGAAAACUAAAGAACAUGGUUAAUUUGAUGACGGAACGGGGUGACAAGUUCAUUUCAUACGUCGAGAAUAUUACAAAGACUCAAGCUGAACAUAAAGUACACAGCCUUAUUCAGAGAUAUACGAUGUCUACAAUUGCAUCUUGCGCAUUCGGUAUGGAUAUAGAUGAUAUUUCAGAUAAUAACCCCAUAAUAAAAACACUACAUAGAAUUGACCGUGAUAUAUUCACCAUAAACUAUUUCUUCGAAAUGGUGAUCAUGUAUCCACGUUUCUUGAAGAAACUGAAUCUAACCCUCUUUCCUAAAUAUGUAAGUAAAUUCUUUCAUAAUUUGACGAGUUCGAUAAUCCGUGAGAGAGAAGAGAAACCUACUAAUAGAAAAGACUUUAUCGAUUUAAUUUUAGAACUGAGAAAACAAAAGGAUCUCUACUCCACGAAAAAGCACGAAAGUGAUGAACAAAUGCAUUUGGAGCUUUCAGACAGUAUUAUCGCUGCGCAAUCCUUUGUCUUUUUUGCAGCAGGGUACGAAACUAGUGCUACUACUAUGACUUUCAUGUUAUAUCUAUUGGCGAAAAAUCCACAUAUCCAAGAAAAAUUACAUCAGGAAAUAGAUAAAGCUCUAGAGAAUAAUAAUGGUGAAUUAACUUACGAAGUAAUUAGGGAAAUGACCUAUUUGCACAAGGUGUUCGAUGAAACGCUUCGUAUGUACCCUAUAGUGGAGCCACUGCAAAGAUGUGCACGUAGCGACUAUAAAAUCCCCGGCACUGAUGUUGUUAUAGAAAAAAAUCGAAUAGUGUUGAUUACACCUCGUGGUAUUCAUUACGAUCCUAAAUAUUACCCAAAUCCAGAAGUGUUUGAUCCGGAGAGAUUCAAUCCUGAAGUUGCAGCAGCGAGGCAUCCGUGUGCUUACAUGCCAUUCGGAGUUGGACCAAGAAAUUGCAUUGGCCUGCGCUUCGCCAAGUUACAGUCCAAUAUUUGUAUUGUCAAGUUGCUGUCGAAAUUCCGAGUGGAACCAUCUGAAAAUACGCUGAAGGAGAUGCAGUUUGACCCAAACAGAGGUGUAAUGACCCCAAGUGAUGGUAUUCUGGUAAACAUUAUACCGAGACAGUAG